CUUUUUCAUUGUAUUUUAGUAUGUUUGUAUAUGCACUUUACCUUCUAUUGAAAAAUUUUAAAGUUUAUUAUGUUAAAUGAAAUAACUAAUACGUUAAUGUUAGUACUUUGGUUUAUCACAAUUUUUGUUUUAACAAAAAAUUGAGGCCUAAAAUAUUUAAUUGCACAGGGCCAUUUUGAAUGAUUGGGCGGGCCUGACAAUGGUGGAGAUGGAAUCUCCUCGUCUCAGGUCUCUCCAGCCUUUAAAAGCCGAAAAUGGAGGCUUUGGACCCGACGACGUGUUUCCUGGUUGACGGCGACGACCUUCUCGACUUCUCAUUGGAGGGGGACGAAGAGGAGAAGGACAGGAACCAGACCGCCGCCGCCAUUGGCUACGGCGGCCCUACGCCUUCGAAGCCCGUUAACCUCGACGGCUUCCCUGAAGCUAUGGAGGAAGAGCUGGAGUGGAUAUCAAACAAAGACGCAUUCCCAAGUGUCGAAACGUGUUUUGGCAUUUUUGUGGACAACCCGUUAUUUCAUCAGAAGAGCCCGGUGUCUGUUUUGGAGAAUAGCAGCAGUAAUAACAGCAACAGCAAUGUCAAUAGCUCAGGGAAUGGAGUGAUUAGUUGCAAUGCCAGCUUGAAAGUCCCACUCACUUAUCCCAUGCGUCCUAGGAGCAAGAAUAGAAGACCGAGGAGGACUGGGUUUGGGGACUUCCCUGCCCAGAACUGCCUCUGGGCAAGAAACAAGAACGAAGCAAUGUUCCUAAUGCACCCAAUAACAAUGGCGGAAGGGCCAACUGGGACUGCCACCAUUGGGAGGAGAUGCCAGCAUUGUGGGGUUGAUAAGACCCCACAAUGGCGAGCUGGUCCUACGGGGCCAAAGACUUUGUGCAAUGCUUGUGGAGUGCGGUACAAGUCGGGCAGGCUCUUGCCCGAGUACCGCCCUGCCAACAGCCCGACAUUUUCGUCCGUGCUGCACUCAAACUCUCACCGGAAAGUUAUGGAGAUGCGGCGGCAGAAGGUGGUGGGAGAGGGACCGAAGCUGAUUUUAAUGAAGCCUGUGGAUAUAGUGUAGUAGCAGCCUAGUAGUGGUGAGUAGUUCACAACAUCUUGUGCAACUUUUACUUUUUUUUCCCAUUUCCUUUGAAAGUUUCAGUCAGUUUUAAGGCUUAGGGUUGUUGUAAUGGGCUAGGAUGGGUUAGGGAACCACAGUUGUUGCUCUGCUUGUGCUAUAAACAAUCUAGGGAAUUUUGAGCUUAGUUGUGAUUGGUCAUGAUGAUUAGAACAGAAUUCCAAACAGAAGUUUUCUAACAUAGGAGUGUAUGUGUUCAU